AUGCCAUUUCUGCUUGACAAGCUGCUCUUGCCCCUGCCCCUGUUCCCGAUCCUACUCCUGCUCUCAUUCCUGUCUCUCUCCCUUCCCCUACUUCUGCCCCUUGGCACUGCCCCUGCCUCUGUUCCUAUUCUUAUUCCUGUCUCUCUCCCUUCCCUGCUUCUGUCCCUUAGCACUGCCCCUGCCUCUGUUCAUAUUCUUAUUCCUGUCUCUCUCUCUUCCCUGCUUCUGUCCCUUAGCACUGCCCCUGCCCCUACUUCUGUCCUGCCCAAUUCCCUUUCCCUUACCUCUCCCACCGCCUUUGCUCUGCCCCUGCCUCUACCCACACCCCUAUGCCUGCUCCUGCCCUUAUCCCUACCCCUGGCCCCUUCUAAUGCCCUUAUCCCUAUCCCUGCCCCUUCCUCUUCCCCUUCUCCUUCCCUUAUCCCUACCCCUGCCCCAUCUCCUACCCCUAUCCCUCUCCUACCCCUUCUCCUUCCUGCAGAGAACUUAAUGUGUUAG